GGCUCAGAAACUUGAGUCGUCGUCCUUUCCCAGAUCUGUGCAGUCAGCCCCAGCUGUGUUCUGUUUGGUCAACAUUAUGUCUUCUCUGAGUCUGAAGGGCCGUGUGGCCAUCAUCACAGUACGGUAUCGCUAAAGGCACUCUGGACAACUUCACAAAGGCUGCAUCCAACGAGUGGGGACCAGCUGGGAUCAGGGUCAAUUCUGUCAGUCCGGGCGCCGUCAUGACUCCAUUGGUAACUUCACUGGUCGGAAACAACCAGGACAUGAUCAAAAAGAUGGCUGAAAUGCAGGGCAAGCUACACGCGCUCCAGCGACUGGGUGAGCCAGAGGAGAUAGCCGAGGGCGUGGCCUUCCUCGCUUCUGACGCUGCCAGUUUCGUGAGCGGCACUGUCCUGUUUGUGGAUGGGGGUAGGCACUGUUUCCCUGGGAGUGUUACUGGCUCCAAGAGUGGAAAAUCUCCCUUCUAAACAUGUGUGUCUGCUUGCUGUGAGGUGAGACCACGGCCUGGUUGCGUCAACAUAAUUUGCUGUCUUGACGGCGGGACCAAGUGUACCGCCCAGCAGGUCACAUGGGAUGAAGAAACCUUCAAAAAGUGAGGUGUUCAUUUUGUUGUAAAUACCCACAAUAAAGUUGUUUGUGCUACUUUUUCCUUUUGACAA